AUGACCGACGAAGUUCUUGUUCACAUAUCAACACCUGCCACCCGACGGAACGAUGAGCUCUUCCGGUCUUUAGCGAAUGCUUAUACUGAAUUCGAACCCUUUCGAACCCAUCGCGAUGAGCCUGUACAGAAGAAACCGAAACUGGACCAGGCAACAGGACUGGAAUCGGCCAAUCUCGUGCAAGGGGAAUGGAGCACGAAUCGGGAAACCUUCAACUCAUCGGUACUGACAGCUAGUAAAGAAUCCUACGGUAGCUUUCCAUCCAAUGUUUCUUCCGAAGACCACCGCCAUGAUCAAAACCCGGCCUCUGUUAUCGACGAUUCAAUACGUCCGACCAGCCGCUUGGCUCGACUUGAUCGUAGCUACCUGAGCUGGCGAAAACGCGCGACGCCCAGGACGAGCUUUUCUCUUAGUAAAAGAAGACCACUCCACAGCUCUUCUGAUCCGGACAAUGCCGAUACAGGCUUCGUUGAAGAUUCGCAGAUGGCAGUGGAAAUCCUGCAGAGCCAAUUGCAGGACAUCUACUCGACAACUUCCGAAGAGACCUCCGAGGACGAUGAAUUUCAAGAUGAAAGCAUUGGCAAUACCGAAGAACGGUCUUCGCCAAGAGUCAGUCCCAUUCAAAGUCAACACAGCGAGACAGUUGAAAACGUGCCGUCGCCAGCCGUGUCAAGAAAAGAUGCUCUUGCAGAUCUGAGAGGAAGCUUGUUGGAAGGACCUACGGAUCCGUCGAUAGGCACGACCCGAGCUUCUCAGAGCAAAACAUCUACAAAUAUGGACAAACUACGCUUCUCGAUGCUCCCGGUCGACGCGUUUCCACCUGCACCCGCGAUAUCUGUAGCGUGUCCCACAACUUUGCCCUCCCAAAUUACCAGAUAUCUUGCAGCAAUCAAGAUGAAGAAUCCGGAUCGCUUCAAGCUACAAAACAUGCGGAGGACGUUGGAGGCAGACGAGCGUGGCUAUUGGCUUAUCGAUUGCAUGCAGUGGCCCUCAAAAUUGCAGUGGGAAUUCUGGUCAUUGCUCUACAACCACGUUCACAGCGGUCGAGUUGGCUGGGGGCUGACUCUGCAUCGCGAGGCGCAAUCUGAUGAUACAUUAGGACGUGUCAAGCUCUAUUGCUGGGGCGAGGUUGUGGAACAUAUUUGGCUCCUUUUGUGGCUCUGCUCGAAGGGAAGGGUGUCUGGCUCAGGAUCUUGUUGGAUUGAUGCCAAUGGUGUUGCGGUAGUUGACGUGCAAUGA